AGGAUAGUGCGUCUAGUGGUGGUCUUGCGGGAAUGGGCCCACAGGAGCCUACGUGAUCAAGACCAAAGGCCUGAUUCGUUUCUCGACCGAUUCCGUGGAGCUGAAGUGCAAGCAACAGAAGGAAAUGCUGGAAAGGAGAAACAAACUCAAGAUACAAAAGUAAAAACCAAGGUGAAGUUAUCUGAGAGAUUAGUGGUUGAUCCUUCAGGAAAAUGGUAUUAUCGGUGGCUUUACGUCAUAGCUGCGCCUGUGCUGUAUAAUUGGUUCCUAUUAAUAGUGAGGGCCUGCUUUAAUGAUCUUCAAACCAAUUAUUAUAUUGUAGUGUGGCUGACCCUGGACUAUGUUUGUGACAUCAUAUACAUCAUUGACAUCGUAAUCCGAUUCCGUACAGGAUUUUUGGAACAGGGGAAGUUGGUUCGAGAUACAAAAAUGCUAAGUGACAACUAUAUCAAUACAUUGCAGUUUAAACUGGAUGUACUCUCGAUACUUCCAACCGAUUUUGGUUACUUGGCACUUGGACUGCAUUGGCCAGAGCUGCGCUUCAACAGACUUCUGCACUUUCCACGUAUGUUUGAAUGCUUCGACCAAACGGAGACUCGGACCAGCUACCCCAAUAUCUUUAGAAUCAUUAACCUAGUUUUGUAUAUUAUACUUAUUAUACACUGGAAUGCCUGCAUUUAUUAUGUUAUAUCUAAGGCCAUUGGGUUUGGUACAGAUACAUGGGUCUACCCAAAUAUUACUGCUACUGAACAUGGUUCCCUUACUCGUGCAUAUGUCUACUGUCUGUACUGGUCAACUUUGACUCUCACCACCAUCGGGAAUUCACCUACCCCCAUGACCGACACAGAGUAUACAUUCAUCGUUUUUGACUUUUUGGUUGGAGUUCUGAUCUUCGCCACCAUUGUUGGUAAUGUGGGCUCUAUGAUCUCAAACAUGAAUGCAACGAGGACCGAGUUCCAGGCUAAAAUAGAUGCCAUCAAGCAUUACAUGCAGUUUAGAAAAGUAAGCAAGGAAUUGGAGGCCAAAGUCAUCCGAUGGUUUGACUACGUAUGGACAGCUGAAAAGACAGUGGAUGAAAGGGAGGUGUUGAAAAAUCUCCCCGACAAACUGAGAGCCGAAAUUGCCAUUAAUGUUCAUCUGGACACUUUAAGAAAGGUUCGGAUCUUCCAGAACUGUGAAGCUGGCCUCUUGGUUGAGUUGGUCCUGAAGCUCCAUCCUCAGGUUUUCAGCCCCGGCGAUUACAUCUGCCGUAAAGGAGACAUUGGAAGAGAGAUGUAUAUAAUCAAGGAGGGGAAGCUUGCUGUUGUCGGAGAGGAUGGAAUAACUCAGUAUGCUAUCCUCACUUCCGGGAGUUGUUUUGGUGAGAUUAGUAUCCUCAAUAUCAAAGGGAGUAAGAUGGGAAAUCGUAGGACUGCCAGUAUUCGGAGCCUUGGGUACUCUGACCUUUUCUGCCUUUCGAAGGACGACCUGAUGGAAGCUUUAGAAGAAUAUCCAGAUGCCAAGAAGAUCUUGGAAGAGAGAGGAAGGGAAAUACUGACCAAGGAAGGUCUGCUUGAUGAGACGAAGGAGAUAAACGCGAUGAACGGUAAAUCUCCUGAGGAAAAAUUGGAGCUUCUGGAAUCUAAUGUGAACACCUUACACGCUCGGUUUGCUCGUUUGCUCCGAGAAUACAGUUCUGCUCAUCAAAGCCUCAAACAAAGGGCCAUCCUCCUAGAGGGAAGAUUAAAGGUCCUUCAAGAAUGA